AUGCUUAUAUUUUCCCACCGCGUCGAAGCAAAGCUGGGCUCAAAGAGUUUUCGCCUUCGCCUGGGCUUUUUAGAAGCAAUGCAGGCAGCGCGCCUGCUCGCGCGACGGUCUUUUCCGCGGCCGGCAGCCUUCAGCUUGGGGAACGCGAACCGGCUGCAAUGGAACAGCUGCAGACGAAGCUGUGACACCUUUCGCUACAAAGCCACAGAGGCAGCCGAGGCAGGAGAGGCACGCUGGUCCUAUGUAGCAUUUGCCAAGUCUUUUCCCUUCACGAACAACUUGCUUAUUGCUACAAUGAAGACUUCAGCUGCCGAUUUGGUGGCCCAGUGUGUGAUCGAGCAGAAGCCUUUGAAUGAAGUUGACUGGAAACGCAACAUGGUCUUCUGCUUGUUCGGUGCUGUCUAUUUGGGAGCCUUUCAGUAUUGGUAUCAGGUCAAUGUUUUCAAGCGGAUGUUCACCGGAGUCGAGAAAUUCACCGAGCAGCCUUGGGCGGCGAAGCUCCGCGACGGCCCGGGGCUCCUGGCGCUCGCUGCGCAGACCGCUCUGGACCUUGGAAUGCUGACCUUCGUGUACUUGCCCACCUUCUACGUCUUCAAAGCUGGAGUCUUCAGCACCGCUUGGGAUGCAAGCGAGUGGGUGAAGGGCGGCAUCGGAAGCUACACCCGAAACUGGAACAAGGAUGUCUUCGACGUCUUCCGAGUUUGGGGCCCCGCAGAUCUCGUUUGCUUCUCUGUGCCUUUGUGGUUGCGGCUCCCGGUGCGGCAUGUCGUCUCCUUUGUUUGGACGGCCUACCUCUCCUUCGCCCGCGGGGCAAACAAGUGA